CACCAUCCAUUCGUCUGCGAUCUUUUCCUCCCCACAGAAACGACAACAAUCGCAAUACCAAUGGCGGCAAACGCAGCGAAAUCGGCAUCGUCCAACACGGCCAAAAAGCUCGGGACGUCGGGCAAGGUCUUCUUUGGAAGCCUGUGCGUCGGAACCUUCGGGCUGGGAUGCUGGCAGCUGCAGCGUCUGUUGGAAAAAUGGGACGCCAUCGAUGAUCGCCAGCAGCAGCUGGGCAUGAGUCCCAUCCGGUACGGCAAUCGCGGCAUCGAAAACACCCUGGUCCACGGGAAUCUUAGCACCUACCACCCCGAUCGCAAAGACGACCAGCAUCCCUAUCGCCGCCGGCUCCUGCGCGGAAGACUGCGGCACGACAAGGAGGUCCUGAUCGGUCCACGGGGGGCACCCCCGGGGGUACAGAUGCCCGUGCAGGGCCUCAGCGCCAAGCAGCAGCAGAGCCGUUCGAACGCCAAAACCACCACGGUCUCGGGGAUGCAGCCGGGUCCUCAGGGAUUCUACGUCUUCACACCCAUGGAGGUCGACCACGGGGAUGCGAGGACGACUUCCGAUGCCACGAGCGUCGUCUGGAUCAACCGCGGGUGGGUUCCCAAGACGGUGGUUCCGGGAGCCGAUCGGCCGCACUACAAGAACGAUCCCCUGCAGAGGGCGCGGCUAGACGAAGAACUUCUCCGAUUCAAGCGGGAACCGGCCUGGAAUCGACCGGAAGGACCAGUGGAAGUGACGGUGGUUCUGUCCAAACCCGAGAGUGAGUUGUCACAGGAACAAGAUGCUUGAGACGAAUCGGCAACGAAUCAAAUCGAAACGAUACAGAGCACACGGCCUCGUCGGAAAAUGUCUUCUKCUCGUUGCCGUCRCUAUCGAUGAACACAAUAUUGAUAAUCGGAAAUCGAGCGGGCAGUCAUUCGUGAUAUUUUAUUUUUGCACAACUGACUCUCGCCGUGCAUUCCCUUCUCUCUCGUGUGUGUGUUUUUUUGUAUUGCACUGGUUAAAAAAAAGAACCGCGCUUUAUUACGCCAGAACACGAUUACUCGAAACGCCCCCUGCAACUUUUUUGGAUCGAUGGCUUGGCCCUCAAGGCGAUUGCCGCUGACAUGAUGACCGAGAAAGAACAACAACAAACCGAAACGGCUCUGGUCACGCAGGUGGUGGACGACACCGAAGRCGAUGCAACCAGCAACAGUGACAGCAGCAAUACGCAGCAACUGCUAGUAUAUCCUCUCCAACCACCCGUGUCUUCCGUGGGCAACUUUAAGACAACUCCCGCCGUGCAUAUGGGAUAUGCCGCUACUUGGUUCGGCCUGAGUGGUGCCGGAUGGUAUAUGACUCGUAAAUUGAUGACAAAGGGACGAUGGUGAUAGAUUGAUUUGUUGCAUUGCGAACAGAAUAUGCAC